GAUUCUGACGGAGAGGAAGCGGAGGCCGUGGGUGAGAGACCGUGGGAGAGAGGCCGUGAUGCCAAGACGGGAACGAUGAAUGAGGGAGGAGAGAUGAAGAUCUACUGCCCGAUCUGCAACUGGGUGGUGAUCAGCCUGCCCGCCCUGGAGGACCACAUGAAGCAGCACAGGCGCCGGACCGAGUCUGUGCUGUACCAGUGCCCCUACUGCCCAUACAGCACGGACAAAGCGGCCACUCUGAUCGGCCACCAGAGGAGCCAUGCCGACGAGAAGCUCUACAAAUGCUGGGUGUGCGAUGAAGUUUUCGCGAAUUCGAAAGACUACUGCUCCCAUCAAAGCAUGCACAUCAAUCGGGCGCGACGCAGGAAGUCGAUCGUCCCACCGCCAAGAGACGUCUCAUCAGAAAAGAGAAUCCGCGUGGGCGAGAGGCCCUACCACUGCAAUGUCUGCGGGGUGGACUUCACUCAGUCGCAACACCUCCUCAAACACCAGAGGAUCCACACGAACGAGAAGCCGUACGUGUGCGCCGUGUGCGGCAAGGCGUUCGUGCACCCGAGCACCCUCGUCAUCCACACUCGGGUCCACACGGGCGAGAAGCCGUACAAGUGUGCCACGUGCGGCAAGGCAUACAGCCGAUCGACGGCUCUCAUCCACCACAAGAGGACCCACACGGGCGAGAAGCCCUACGGGUGCACAGUGUGCGGGAAGCGAUUUGCCCUGUCGAAGGUUCUCGUCAAACAUGAGAGGACCCACACGGGCGAGAGGCCCUACGAGUGCACCACGUGCGGCAAGUCCUUCACCCAGUCGGGCACCCUGGGUAUCCACAAGCGCACCCACACAGGCGAGAGACCGUACACGUGCGACGUGUGCGGCAGGUCGUUCACGCACUUGGGCACCCUCCACGUACACAAGAAGACGCACUCGGGUGGGAGGUCCCUCACGUGCCCCACACGCGGGAAGGCCUCCUCCGAGGCAGGGGGCUUCCGGGCGUGCCGGCAGGCCCGCGUGGGCUCUAGCGCGUCGACGCCGCCGGCUCGUACCCCCCUCCUCCGCCGCUGCGCCCGCGGGCGGACCGGGCUCCACAAGGGUGGGACUGCCGCUGGGGAGGUCGUGGCGAGCCUCGGGGGCGAAGGUCUCAUGGCAACCGACUCAGAAACCCCCUCGGUGACCCCCUCGGCUACCCCCUCGGCAUCGCUAACAUCAGAAUACGGAGAGACCCUCAGCUUUGAGACGUUGCCAGGGGUCAAGGUAGAAUGCGUCGGUGAAGAUCCUUCCACCUCCAUUCCGAUCGUAAAGCGAGAGCGCGGAGGGAUUGCCAGCUUCGAGAUGUGGUCAGGGGUGAAGGUGGAAUGUGAUGGUGAAGAUCCUUCUGCCUCCUUACCGAUCGUGAAGCGGGAACGGGAAGAAAGCCCCGACUGUGAGACGCGGCUGGGGUGAAGGUGGCACACUGGAGGCCGAGUCUCUGCUUUGGGAACGGAUGUUGAGGUCUAUGUGGGAAGCGUGAAGGACACUCCAAUCAAGCAUGUCGAGUGAGUCCUCGACUGGGACCUUUGUUAAUUUGGUGGCGCGGGUGGAGGAGGUGCACUACACAGAGGGGGCAGGUCUCUUAGAGUGGAGAUUAUGGCGUGCGAUACAACGGCUGUUCGAAAGCACGAGCGAGUCUGCACGACUGUGAAGGUACACAAUGUAGAGGCAAUAUUUUUUGUUCUGAGAACAGAUACACGUGAAGUGAGAACUACAUAGACUUUUAUUUUACCAGGUAAGGGCCCACCACUGAGCCACAUAGCUAUCUUUCAGAAGCGACCUGGCCAACACAAAUUAUACCUCAAUGAAGCGGCCUACCAUCACGUGGACACUUAUAGCAGCAUACUCUUAGGUUUUUUCGGUAAAGUCACGUAGGGGAAAGUAAAUAAAUAAUACAAAUACAUAACAAUAGAAAUAAAAUAAUAAAUCACGACGUUUCGUAGGCAGCACAAGCUUCCAUCAUAUUUAUUAUUUUAUUUCUAUUAUAAUUUCUACUAUUUGUAUUAUAACAUUUUCUUAUUUAUUUAUUUUUCCCUACGUGACUUUCCUGAAAAAACCUAAGAGUAUGAAUCCCUACAGUCACGAAACCUUCAAAUCUAGAACUUAUAGCAGCAACCAAAUACAGUAAAAUCUUGGAUUGUGAGCAUAAUUCGUUCCGGAAACGUGCUUGUAAUCCAAAGUACUCGUAUAUCAGUUGUGAUCACGUGACGCUCGGCAGACAAAGCGUACUACUCGUAUUGCAAGACCUCGCUCGUUUAUCAAAUUUAUAUUUAUUUAAAAAUGUUGCUCGUCUUGCAAAACACUCGCAGACCAAGUUGCUCGCAAUCUAAGGUUUUACUGUACUCUCUAAACGCCUGGUGAUGUUGAUUCUAAACGUCGGGGUGGGGGUGGG